AUGGCCACCACAGCGUCGCAGAGUUCUGACGUCGCGAUGGACGUCACGGAACUAACAUCAAAGAGAGACCCUUCGAGACCAACGCCGCUAACUAUAGCCCCAACACCUUCCGCAACUACUUCCGCUCCCUUAGAAAUAGCAAUGGAGGUCUCCCCUCCCACUGUCGCCACACCAACAGGGAAGGACGGGGAUUCUCAGCCCCAGGAUGCCGAGAAGACCCCUCCGAACUCAGAAAAUCCGCCGUCACCAGGACCGAUGGACCUCGUUAGGGCGAAAUUGUCCCCGUUCCAGGCCCAGCUGGACGCUCUCGAUCGAGAACGCCCUGGAACCAAGCACGACCUUCUCAUGGCCAUUUUGCGAACAUCGGCCAAGCUCUCACUCGCUCGAGGGUCACCCGCCGAUAAUCUAAGCAGCACCUACUCUCCGCUCAGUGGUCGGAGCCGGGCCUCCAGUGACGCCAGUGCCUUGAUGGACGACAAGGAAGAGAACAACACUCUGCCUCCCAACCAACGAGUCAUCACCAAUGACCCUCGGACUACGACACCCGAGGGUCCGAAACUGAAAUCGCUCCCUAAAGUGGUUGACUCUAGGGCGUGCCUAGUAGAGAUUGUGAGAGCUCCACCUACCUUCACACUUCCAGUUUCCAUUCCAUUGGAGAAACUGAGCGAUCUGAUGCUGGCAGCGAUCCGGAAAACUCCCCCUCGAGCAGCGUCAUCUGGAACAGAGUCGGAUGUCCUGCAAGUAGACCUCUCCGAAGAGGAUCAGAAGCUUGGCACCUCACUGGAGUCACUGCCCAAAAUUCCAACCCCGGUCUCAGGCGCCAAGAGGGCUCAGAAGCUCCUGGCCCCAAUGACACCACGACUUCGGCCCAUCAGUGCAGUUCGACCUUCUAGGAGUUAUCCGAAAUUGGUGAGAGAACAAGUCGAGGAACUACAACCACCCUCGACUAGAACCAGAUCCCGUACUGCAGCCCCAGCCACUCAAACUUCGGGAGCAUUCGAGCGGGUACAGGCGCAAGUCAGGCUCACUCGACUACAAGGGACAACACCUCCGACCGAAAUUGCAGUGGCCGGGAUGAGGAAUAGUCAACCCAUUACUCCGAUGGCCUCUGCACCAGCACGUGAACGUCCCCAGGAAGUGAUUCAGGCGGAUUCAGUAUCCCAAAGGACAACUCCGGCCACUGAGACCUCCUCAACACCCCCUUCAAAGGGAGCCAUUCCCAAAACUUGCACAUCCGCCAGCAGCACUCCCAGGCGCGAACCGGGGGUCAUCAUCAUUGAAAAUGACCCGGAAGAAGUCGAGAAUCCCGCUGAGGACCCUCUCCCAUGGUGGGCUACAGAGGAGGAGAAUCAUGGGGAUUCAGCACUACCCACCGAGGAGGUGAGACCAAUGCCGGUUCGCCAAGAUAAUCUACCCAUCAGGACCGAUUGGGAUUUCGAGCCUUGCUGCUAUAACUGCGACUCCCCCAAUCAUCGCCUUCAACAGUGUCCGGAGAGACGCAUCACGGUGUGCUUUAGCUGCGGCCUCAAAGGAGCUACCUCGAAGACCUCUCCUCAUUGUGGCGAUAAAUGGAGAGCCGCAGGUCCCUAUGUGCCAUCUUUCGGUCGAAAUGUCCCUCGACACGAGCUCCAGGCUCAAGCCCCUCGACAGGACACCGAUGCAGCAACCCCACCAGCCAAGAAUCGGGGCAGGCGUCGUAAAAAUCCUCCGGCCGCUAAACCUCCAAGGCCGGCCAAAACCUCUAGAACUGGGAGAGGAGGACCUCCACCAUCGCCACCACCCAGGCGGGAAGAAAGUUGGGAUUACUACACCCCUUCGUAUGACCAGCGCCAAGAAUCCUCGACACCUCACUAG